AUGGAUAGACCACAAGUUUUCACUAUUGCAUUUCUGCUAAUUUUUGUCAUAUCGAACGUGUGGACGGCCCGACCGUUGACGCCAUACCAACGAACCUUCACUCCUAUACGCAACAUCAGUUGUUCCCAAUGUCAUAUGGAAUUCGAACCACCAGCUGGGGGUUACAACUUCGUCGAGUUGGAAAUGAAGCGUCGCGAGUGCCUUGAUGAACCACAGAAGUUUUUCAGACCCUGUCCGAAGGAUGAGGAGGUUGCCCCACGAGGAUGCGGCAAGAUUACAACGUAUGCGAAGUCACAUAUCGGUCAUGGGCGAACACAUGAAGUGACGAUGGUUCGGAGAUUUUGUGCAUCUGAGGGUGCCGAACCCGAAGAGAUCCAAUGUCAAUUUAGUGCAUCUCCCGGCGGUUACAUGGAGUCGUGUAUCUGUGGCCACGAUAAUUGCAACUUCGCCAACCCUCUCGCGAAAUGCACAAGUGCUCUCAUGCUCACGGUUGCAAUGUCGAUUUGCAGCGUUCUGUAG